AUGAACCUGGUGGGGGGCUACCAGCAUCACCACCACCACCACCAUCACCACCACAUGCUGCACGACCCUUUCCUCUUCGGGCCGGCGGCGCGGUGCCACCAGGAGCGCGCCUACUUCCCCGGCUGGGUGCUCAACCCGGCCGAGGCGACCCCCGAGCUCGCCGGGCAGAGCCCUAACUACGGCCCCGCCGAGUACGGCCCGGCCGGCCCGGGGCGGCUGGAGGCUCUCAGCGGCCGCCUGGGACGGCGAAAAGGUGUCGGGGGACCCAAGAAGGAGCGGCGGAGGACGGAGAGCAUCAACAGCGCCUUCGCCGAGCUCCGCGAGUGCAUCCCCAACGUGCCCGCCGACACCAAGCUCUCCAAAAUCAAGACGCUGCGCCUGGCCACCAGCUACAUCGCCUACCUGAUGGAGGUGCUGGCCAAGGACAGCCAGCCCGGGGACACCGAGGGCUUCAAAGCCGAACUCAAGAAGGCGGACGGCAGGGAGAACAAGAGGAAAAGGGAGAUGCAGCCCGAGGUCUAUUCGCAGCCUCUGGGUCACGGCGAGAAGAAGCUGAAGGGCCGGACGGGUUGGCCCCAGCAGGUCUGGGCUCUGGAACUGAACCCCUGA